AUGCAGCCCUUCAGCAUCCCGGUCCAAAUCACACUGCAGGGUGGCCGGAGGCGCCAGGGGAGGCCAGCACUUGCAGCUUCAGGCAGAAGUGAUGGAGACCCGCUGAAGGUGCACCCGAAACUUCCAUCAAGCGCGGGAGAGGACCGUGCCAUGCUGCUGGGCAUCGUCAUGAUGGCCUCCUCUGUGCCAAUGUUCUUCCUGCUGGGGACCACGGUGUUGAAGCCUUUCAUGCUCAGCUCCAACAGAGAGGAGUCAAACUGCACCACCAUCCACACGCACAUUGCAGAGGACUGGCUGGACUUCACCUUUACCUGUGAGGGCAGCUGCCAGGACCAGGGUGGGUAUCCCUGUCUGCAGGUGUUCGUAAAUCUCACCCACUCAGGCCAGAAAGUGCUUCUCCACUACGAUGAUGAGGCCGUCAGAAGCAACCCCAAGUGCUUUUACACGCCCAAGUGUCACCGAGACAGGAAUGAUCUGCUCAACAGUGCCCGGGACAUCAAGGAAUUCUUCGAUAACAGAAAUGGAACUUUCACUUGCUUCUACAGUCCCGACGACCAGAUGGGAGUUGUCCUGAGGAAGUCCGGCCACAAGGUUGUUUUUCAUUGCUUAUUUUGGCCUUUACUGACUUUGCUGGGCGGGGCCCUGAUUGUUGGCUUGGUGAGGCUGACACAGCAUCUGUCCCUUCAGUGUGAGCAGUACAGCACAGUGCUGAGAGUUCAGUCAGGAGGCAGAGCACCUUCCGUGGGCAGGCGCAGGGCUUCGCUGUGCAGUGUGGCACAGAGCCAGGGGAGGAAGAGAGAGCUGAGGAGGCGGCCCCAGCUCUCCCACCCCGAGAGGCUCCAGCUGAAGACUUGA